CAGGUGUUCAUAUACCUCUUAGAAGCCUUCUCCACAAAUCCAUUUCUGCUGAACCAGCAUUAAUACCAGCAAACACCACACAGCAGCUGGCAUCACAUGGUGAGCAUGGCCCUGACAUGCAAUGCCAAAAAUGCAUGUCAUUUUACAACAAAUAUGUCAACCUUGAUGAGGAUAGAUUAGCCAGGUUGGAAGAUGUCACUAAAACACAAAGCGCCUCUCAUGUGUGGUAUGAUGCACGGAAAUUGCGAAUAACUGCAAGCACUGCCAAAAAGGUGCCUUUGCGUGUGUCUACCAAGCCAGACAAUUUUGUUCGAGAGCAUCUUUUCCCCAGGUUCCAUGGAAAUUCUGCUACUCAGCAUGGUCAGGAAAAUGAGGAAGUGGCCCUUGCAUGGAUUGAGAGCUCUGGGUAUGUUGUGGAAAGAAAAGGAAUGGUGGUUAGCUGUAAGGAGCCAUGGCUUUCUGCAAGUCCAGAUGGCAUUUUGAACUCAUCAGAGCUGCUAGAAAUCAAGUGUCCUUUUCUGAGCAAAAACUGCACACAUCUGGCAGAACUGUUCUCUGGCAAGCUCACUGAUUUAAAGAUGGUGGAUGGCGUUCCUAAUCUACAACCCAAAGGUUCCCGUGGGUACUACCUCCAAGUGCAACUAGGUAUGUUUUGCACUGGCUUAGAGAAUUCUAAGCUGCUUGUUUGGGCUUCAACUGAGCAAUUUCUUAUUGAUGUUCCAUUUGACUGCCAAUUUUGCUUUGAUGUAAUAUCAAAAUUGAAAUCCUUCUACUUUACCCAUAUGCUUCCAAGAAUUGUAGAUGAGUUUGACUGCGGAAGACUUGUGCUUUGUCGUAAAUAUACAGACAUGUGCAGAGGAGAGCCAUGUCAAGAUCCUGCUAUCAUAUACAACUCACUCUUUUUUGCAUCGGAGUAGCAACAACGGCAGCAUCCUUCACAUCGAUCCCAACUUUAAAAGCUAUGGGGAGGUGGUGCUCCAUAGCUUAUGAAUGCUAUGUUCGACCUGAAGUUAAGGACAUUUUAAAUCCACAGAGAAAUAUGGACUCUAAAAAAAAUGUGACUGCACUGGAUUUCCAUGUGUCAUCAUUUCAGUAUCACUCAAAACCACUCACAUAUGUGAUUUCGCAUUUUCAUGUGUUUUUCUAAUUAAAUGAAUUCAUGAGAUUAUUCCUAUGUUAUUUCAGUUCACCAAGGUACAGUUUCUCGUGUUGCAGCUUUUACAAAUUAGGUUUGCAGCAGGUUUGUCGCAAUAAGGCUUAUCCGGGCUCAGCAAGAUGCUGUUAUUCAUUGCAGAUUUGUGUUUUAGCAGCAUGCUUUCUGCCAAGGUGCACUAUACUCAAUUGGCAACAUGCUUGUUGCAAGAAUUAUACAACUUCCGGCCGGCUUGCUUAGCAUGCUAUGCGCAAUUCGCAGCCAUCCAUAUUAAUCGUGCUUGCUUAAGGCUGCUCAUUAACCAUUACCAUUUAUUACGGUUGGAGGAUGGUCUGUUUUGGGGGAAAUGUAUUGCUGCGCUCCCUGCUCUUUCCAGGCAUGGCUGCUUGAAUGUCAGUUAAGCUUGCGUCAGCUGACACUCAGCUGGUCCAUUCCAUCCAGUAUACUCUUCAGAUUAGACAGCAUCUUUUAAAUACACCUCCCAGCCAUUCAGAGCUGCUUGAUCGCCGCACUGCGCUCGUCAUACCUGCCUCCAUCCCCUACUCCUCCAAUAUUUGACUGCACCCGUUGCUCAGUAUCUUAUCUAAGUGUUGUUGUCGUUUUUGUUGUUAAUUCCUCAUGUCUGUUCAUUUCCCUUUCAGGUGAUGUUCAUGUGUUUUUCUGUGAGAUGUCUUUGUUCUAUUAUAACUGCUCUGGUUAGUGGAAAAUGUAUCGCUGCACUCCCUGCUCUUUUCAGGUAUGGCUACUUGAAUGAGCGGGGAGUUUUGCCCAGAAAAGUUCCAUACCGCCAACCUUAAAUUGCUAUUGCAUUGCUUAUCGUUUAAAUUGUUUUACUGUAAACAUUCUCUGUGAUCAUUAAUAAAUCUUUGAUGAUAGUAGUCUGACAGAAAUAUAUAUUAUGAGAAAACGAAAGUGUUUUUUGACCUUCCAUGCAUGUAAACCUGUUUUAGGAGACUCCCAAAACAAAAUUAGUGUGGCCCAGGAUAUGAAUUUGUGACGCCGGACACAGGAUGAAAAAUUUAAAUGGGGUCUUUUAUUCCAGACUGCACUUGGAACAGUGCAGCAUUAAGUAUGAACAUUUUGGAAAAUAGUGACAGAAAAAUAGAAACGUGAAUACAGCUAAUAGGAAAAAAUAAAGUUUGAUCUUCACAUCAAAAUGAGUGCACUUCUUUUCCACCACAAUCAUUAGCUAACAAAGACAACGGUAGUAGCCUUUCAUGCUGGAAAACAAAUAGACACACAGUUGUAACAUAACAGCUGUCAACAAAUCAAAGUUGUCAAACCAAAUAAAGCUACUCAAAUUACAUGAUAAGUACAUGGAAGGAAAUUAGUUGCAUUUUUGGAGUAUCCUUAAUACAUUACAAACACUAUUGCAGCAUUUAACACUCAGUUAACCUUGCAUUCGUAAAUGAGUACUAUGAGGACUUAAUAAUAAUUCAAACUUACAACUCAUCACCACUUGAGCACAUGUACACAUUAACAGGGCCAGUUGCUGACUCAAUUUCCCUCUGCAGAUGAUAAAGGGACAAAAUUCAAACUUUCCCUUAAAGCAGAACUAAGUAACUUUUUUUACCUUCAUAAAUAGUUUUCUAAGUCCUUAUGAUGGUUAAUUGACGUGUAGUGAUGUGUUUGAGGCGAGCACUAACCCCCUCUGGCACAUCUACGCCAAAAAACAGCACUUACAAGUUGAACUGCACCGACCCGACACAAUCUUUUCUCAUGUUCACGCGAGAGUGACAAAAUGCUUUAUGGUAAUUCAAAAACAAUGUAUAUAUUAUGACUUUAUAAGACAAUUUCGAAAAUUACCCACCUCCAUCAAGAUUUCUUGUACUCUAUUUGCAAAACUACUGCGCUGGUGAGCAUUGUAGUCCAGAGCUGCGCUUGGAGUAUUUACGACAGUGUGAUUCACUGAAGGAACCUGUAGGGGGAACUUCGCAAAUCUUACCGAGUUCCGCUUAAAAGGGAUAGUUCACCCAAAAAUGAAAAUUUGAUGUUUAUCUGCUUACCCCCAGGGCAUCCAAGAUGUAGAUGUCUUUGUUUCUUCAGUAGAACACAAAUGAUGAUUUUUAACUGCAACCGUUGCCAUCUGUCAGUCAAAUAAUAGGAGUAAAUGGGAACUUCUAAUAUAAGAGCAAAUAAAACUAACUUAGACAAAUCCAAAUUAAACCCUGUGGCUCGUGACGACACAUCGAUGUCCUAAGACACGAAACGAUCGGUUUGUGU